GCACGGCACCUACUGCGUCCGCUCUACGCAUGCGUGACGUGCUCACAGGACCUGGAAGAUGGCGGCGUCCGCAGUCUGCCGGGCAGCCAGCUCGGGGGCACAAGUGCUGCUGCGCACUCGGCGCCCGCCGGCCCUGCUGAGGACGCCUGCCUUGCGGAGUACUGCCACCCUCGCCCAGGCCCUGCAGAGCAUCCCGGAGACGCAGGUCAGCCAGCUGGACAACGGGCUGCGUGUGGCCUCGGAGCAGUCCUCCCAGCCUACCUGCACGGUUGGGGUUUGGAUCGAUGUUGGCAGCCGCUAUGAGACCGAGAAGAACAACGGGGCAGGGUACUUCCUGGAGCAUUUGGCUUUCAAGGGAACAAAGAAUCGGCCUGGCAGUGCCCUGGAGAAGGAGGUGGAGAGCAUGGGGGCCCACCUCAAUGCCUACAGCACCCGGGAGCACACGGCAUACUACAUCAAGGCGCUGUCCAAGGACCUGCCGAAAGCGGUGGAGCUCCUGGCUGACAUCGUGCAGAACUGCAGCCUGGAGGACUCGCAGAUCGAGAAGGAGCGGGACGUGAUCCUGCGGGAGAUGCAGGAGAAUGACGCCUCUGUGCGCGACGUGGUCUUCGACUACCUGCACGCCACGGCCUUCCAGGGCACGCCUCUGGCCCAGCCCGUGGAAGGGCCCAGUGAGAACGUCAGGAGGCUCUCUCGUGUGGACCUGACCGAGUAUCUGAACAGGCACUACAAGGCCCCGCGAAUGGUGCUGGCAGCAGCCGGAGGGGUGGAGCACCGGCAGCUGCUCGACCUAGCCCAGAAGCACUUCAGCAGCGUCUCUGGGGCGUACACUGAGGACACCGUGCCCACACUGACUCCGUGCCGCUUCACUGGCAGCGAGAUCCGCCACCGCGACGAUGCCCUGCCUCUGGCCCAUGUGGCCAUUGCAGUGGAGGGGCCCGGCUGGGCCAACCCAGACAACGUGACCCUCCAGGUGGCCAAUGCCAUCCUCGGCCACUACGACUGCACAUACGGCGGUGGCAUGCACCUGUCCAGCCCGCUGGCGUCCGUUGCCGUGGCCAACAAGCUGUGCCAGAGCUUCCAGACCUUCAACAUCUGCUAUGCGGAGACCGGGCUGCUGGGCGCACACUUCGUCUGCGACCGCAUGAGCAUCGACGACAUGAUAUUCUUCCUGCAAGGGCAAUGGAUGCGCCUGUGCACCAGUGCCACGGAGAGCGAGGUGGUCCGGGGCAAGAACAUCCUCAGAAACGCCCUGGUGGCUCACCUGGAUGGCACCACUCCCGUGUGUGAGGACAUCGGACGCAGCCUCCUGACCUACGGCCGCCGCAUCCCGCUGGCCGAGUGGGAGAGCCGGAUUGCGGAGGUGGACGCCAGUGCAGUGCGCGAGGUCUGCUCCAAGUACUUCUACGACCAGUGUCCGGCAGUGGCCGGGCUGGGCCCCCUCGAGCAGCUUCCAGACUACAACCGGAUCCGCAGUGGCAUGUUCUGGCUGCGCUUCUAGGCAGGCGGCCUGUGCGGGCAGGAGGCUCCGCGCUCCCAUCGCAGACGGGCCACUCCGCUCCCAGCUCCCAGCCUGUGCUGCAGGUGACCUCCAAUAAAGUCCUCGGUUGAGAA